AUGAAUUUCAAUAUCUUUAAAACCAAGCAAAAGACACCUCAUGAUCUCGUGCGGUACGUCAAGGACGCGAUUCACAGACUCGAUGGCUCAGACAGACGCAAGGCAACCGAAGACAUUUCAAAAUACCUUGUUUCAAUGAAGAACAUUCUCUACGGUGAAGACGAUAGUGAACCCAGUCCAGAUAGUGUUUCUCAGUUGGCUCAAGAGGUCUACAGUAAUGACCUCUUGCAGUUACUGGUUCUUAAUAUUCACAGAUUUGAGUUUGAGGCAAAAAAAGACGUUGCACAGAUAUUCAACAAUCUCUUGAGACGAGUAAUUGGAACCAGAUGUCCAACAGUAGAAUACCUGUGUACACGUGAAGAGGUGCUUUUCACACUUCUCAAGGGGUAUGAACAGCCAGAAGUUGCUUUGAAUUGUGGUUUGAUUCUGCGAGAAUGCCUUCGACACGAGCCACUGGCCAAGAUCAUCCUGUACUCCCCACGGUUCUACCUUUUCUUUGAUUAUGUGGAAAUGAGUACUUUUGAUAUCGCAUCAGAUGCAUUUGCGUCAUUUAAAGAGAUUAUGACCAAGCACAAGCAAAUGGUGGCAGAUUUCCUUGACACUCAUUAUGAAGAGUUCUUUGAGCAUUACAAGAGACUGUUAUUAUCUUCAAAUUAUGUUACAAAGCGACAAUCAUUAAAGUUGCUGGGAGAGAUUUUGUUGGAUAGAUCAAACUUUAGUGUGAUGACAAGAUACAUCAGUAGUGCAGACAACCUCAAGUUAAUGAUGAAUCUGUUACGAGACCGCAGUCGAAACAUUCAAUUUGAAGCGUUUCAUGUUUUCAAGGUGUUUGUGGCCAAUCCUAAUAAGAAUAAACCAAUCUUGGAUAUUCUGGUCAAGAAUCAAGAUAAACUCAUUGUCUUUUUGAGUAAUUUCCACAACGAUAGACAAGAUGAUGAACAAUUCAAUGAUGAAAAGGCAUUUUUGGUCAAACAGAUUCAAGAGCUAAAACCUGCUCAGGAGUAA